UUCAUUGAAUUGACGUCGGCUGAUUUGCGCACCGUAAUCCGAACAAUCAACUGUGUAGAAGCGAUUAAUUGUUCGUUAAUUGUGAGUUCUAUUAAAUAAUCUUUAAAAUGGAUGAAGAAUACGAUGCGAUCGUUCUGGGUACCGGCCUAAAAGAAUGUAUUUUAAGUGGAAUGUUAUCGGUAUCGGGCAAGAAAGUACUACAUGUCGAUCGAAACAAGUACUACGGCGGGGAGUCGGCCUCGAUUUGCCCCCUUGACGAACUUUUUUCAAAAUUUGGUGCACCUCCACCGGACGAGUCGUAUGGACGCGGCCGCGAUUGGAACGUAGAUUUAAUUCCAAAAUUCCUUAUGGCAAAUGGCCAAUUAGUUAAAUUACUCAUACAUACCGGUGUUACACGUUAUUUGGAGUUCAAAUCUGUUGAGGGCAGUUAUGUGUACAAAGGGGGUAAAAUAUCCAAGGUGCCGGUCGAUCAGAAAGAAGCUUUGGCCUCCGAUUUAAUGGGCAUGUUCGAGAAGCGAAGAUUUCGCAAUUUCCUAGUUUACGUUCAAGAUUACGCCGAGCAAGAUCCUCGGUCGUGGAAAGAGUUCGACGCGCAAAACCAAACUAUGCAAGAACUGUAUGAAAAAUUCGGUUUAGAUAAAAAUACGCAAGACUUUACCGGGCACGCUUUAGCUUUGUAUAGGGAUGAUGAUUAUUUGCAGACUGCUGCGAUUACUACCAUAAGGCGUAUUAAGUUGUACUCUGAUUCUUUGGCACGCUAUGGAAAAUCUCCUUAUUUAUAUCCGAUGUAUGGCUUGGGAGAACUUCCACAAGGUUUUGCUCGUCUCUCUGCUAUUUAUGGUGGCACCUAUAUGUUAGAUAAACCAAUUGACGAAAUAGUACUUGGAGAAGGCGGACGGGUAGUAGGUGUUCGUUCUGGAAACGAAGUAGCGAAAUGCAAACAGGUCUACUGUGAUCCAAGCUAUGUCCCCGAGAAAGUGCACAAGAAGGGGCGCGUAGUCCGUUGCAUUUGUCUACUGGAUCACCCCAUCCCUAACACGCGGGACGCUCUCUCGACGCAAAUAAUCAUACCCCAAAAACAACUAUGCCGAAACUCUGACAUUUACAUUUCCGUGGUGAGUUUCACACAUCAGGUUGCCGCUAAAGGUUGGUUCGUGGCGAUGGUAUCUACUGCAGUGGAAACCGACGAACCAGAAAUGGAAAUUCGGCCGGCCCUCGACCUCUUAGGUCCGAUAAAGCAAAAGUUUGUGUCCGUCUCUGAUUACUUCGUACCGACCGACAACGGCUUGGAAUCGCAAAUAUUUAUAUCUGAAUCGUUUGAUGCGACAACACACUUUGAAACUACAUGCCUAGACGUGUUGGAUAUCUUUAAAAGAGGAACGGGGGAGGAGUUUGACUUCUCCAAAAUUAAACACGAACUUGGCGAAGAAGAACAAUAACUCUUGCCAAACCAUUAAGAUAAUACUUUCAAUAAUAGAACUCAUUGUGCAAAUUUUUUUUUAAAAUUUAGUUUUCUUUUAUUGAUAUACAACACGUAUGUUUCAUAUAGGUGCAUCGAUAAGUAAAUUGGCAGUUAAAUAACAAUUAAAUCUUCAUCUAACUUUGAUAGUCAACGAAUUUUGUUAACAACUUUUGUGUAGAUUUUAAGUAAGAAUAAAAGUGUAUCAAUAGCAGCACAAAUUCGUUUCUUAAUAGCACUAUCGAUUCUUUUGAUACCGUCUCAGAAGUACAGGGUAAAUUGGCAGUAUAAGUUUGAAGUGAGCACUAGUCAGAUUAGUGCAAUAAUCACAAAUAUACUCUUUAAAUAUAGCUAAGUGUACUACAUUGUAUUAAUAUAUUUUCUGGCGUUAUA